AUGAGUGAUCAACAAUCAAGCCAGAACAUUUCCACAUCAUCAAAGAUCGCCGUUACAACUACAAGAGCUUCGUCUGAUGCCAUUCAUCCUAAAAAACGCAUCAUCCAAAAUUUUCUUCUAAUUUGGAUGGAUGUCGAUAUCGACCAAUCAAAAGAUAAUUGUCAAAAUACAUUGAUACAACUACGUAGUGUCGUCAACGAUGUCACCAUUUUUAGUCAACCAGAUGAAUGUGUCGACUUUCUCACAGAAGUCGAUGGCGUGAAGGCUUUCCUGAUUGUAGCCAGUACUAUUGGUCAACAAAUAGUACCUCUCAUUCAUGAUGUUCCUCAGCUUGAUGCCGUUUACAUCUUCAAUGAUAAUAAACACCAGAAUGAAAAAUGGACCAAAGAAUGGGCGAAGAUAAAAGGUGUACAUACAGAGAUUACACCCAUAUGUGAAGCUCUUCAACUGGUUUCAAAACAAUGUGAUCAAGAUUGUAUUCCGCUCAGCUUUUUCACCAUUGAAGAAGUUGCUUCUAAUCAAAAUCUGAAUCAACUGGAGCCUUCAUUUAUGUACACUCAAAUAUUCAAAGAAAUCUUAUUGGAUCUAAAAUAUGAUGAACAAUCCGUCAAAAAGUUCACCGCUUACUGUCGUAACGGUGAUUAUGGAGCGCCAGCGACUAUUAAUAGGUUCGAAAAUGAAUACUAUUCUCAAUUAGCUAUCUGGUGA